CGUCGCUCGCUCGCUCGGCCGCGCUGCUCUUUUCGCUGUGGCCCCUGCUGAUGCUCCGAGAGGGCUUCGUUGGCUGGCUGGCGGGGCUCGGGCGUUUGCGAGAGAGAGCUAUUUCCGCUGCGCUAGCCGGUAUUUGGAGCUCGGGGUGGGUGCUGGCGCUAGUGCUGGUGGAGGUGGUGGGUACAACACUGGGCUGCGCUCCCUGAAGAAGGAAGGAAGGAAGGAAGGUGGCCAGGGCUUGGUCCUGUUAAAUCUCAGAGUGCCCUGUCUCUCUGCCGCCGCAGCAGCAGCAGCAGGAGAAGCAGCAGCAGCAGAGUGGACGAGGAGGCGAGAGCCGAUACUUGCAAAUUCUCCAUUGCACGUCUUGCCCCACGAGGAUUGACAGAGCGCAUUCAUUUGUGGCCUUGCUCGCCUCCGUCGCGUGGCCCGGUGUCCGAGUCUGCGGGUGUUGCAAUUUUUUAUUCGUCCUCGGAGAGGAGAGUCGGAGGGAGUGGAACGAGUCGCAUUCUUCGAACGCGCUCUCUCUCUCUGUCUCUGUCUCUCUCUGUGCGACGAAGAAGAGGAAGGCACACUCUCUUGCGCAACAACACAGUCGCAGAGAGGAGACACACAGAGGAGGAGAAAGAGAGAGGAAGAAGGAGGAGAAGAAGGAAGAGCAGAGACGUCUGGAGAAGCGGGUGAGGCACGAGGCACGAGCAGCAGCAGCAGCAGCGGUCGAGGCACUCUGAGGGGCAGAGAGGGGUGACAGUGCUGGCCUCGUUGCUCGGAGCGGAGGGAGAGUUUUAGGUCUAUCAAUCGGCGAGUUGGAUUCGCGGAGGAGGACUCGUGCAAUAAUCCGGGCGGAGCGUGCGCGCGAGAAGAGGGGCGAAGUUCAAUCUCAUGAUUUAAGAGUCGCUUCGAGCGGAUCGGCGGGCGAGCGCAGAUUGGGCGCGGAGAGCAGAGUGCACAAGAGUUGAUGAGGUUGAGCAGUUGAUGGAGCCUCGACCUCGUACAGCGGAGGCAGGGGAGCGGGACGGACGAAGGACGUAGUUCUUGCAAUAGCAGGAGGUGACGAAGGACGAGGAGGCGCUGAAGGCGAGACACUUGUUCCCUUUUUUAUUCAGUUUUGUUGCGAGCGGAGGGAAGAAGGCAGAGGAGGAGCAGGAGGAGGCCGGGAUGCGUUGAUCAGCGGCGGUGGCGGUAAUGCUGAGUCACGGUCGCAUGUCGUCGGCGAUAGAUCGUAGAGGUUUCUCUCCUUCUGCGGCAUUGGGGAGUCCUAUGAGCAUUGUGCUUUGCGCUGUCGUUUGCAGAGAGGCAAUUUACAGGGCGUGUAGGUGUGUUCUCGAAGUUUGACCUCCCAUUCUCCAGGAAGUUGAACCAGCGAAACAUGUUGCAGUUAUCGUAAGUCGCCGAGAUUAUUUUAGGCGCAGGGCUGACAAGAUUCAAAGGCCGAGCACAAUGACAGCUCUAGUGGCUCGCACAGGACGUCAUCAGCAGCGCUACGACCAGGGCUACCGUCUCGUGGCCGGGUGUAUUCCGUACAGGUACGGAUCGACAGAUGAUGGGAAUGGCAACGCCAACCCAGAGCAUAAUAUCGAGGUGCUCAUGAUCACUUCCCAGAGGGGCGAAGGUCUGCUCUUUCCGAAGGGAGGUUGGGAGACCGAUGAGACAGUGGAAGAAGCAGCUUUGCGGGAGGCUCUGGAAGAAGCCGGAGUUCGUGGCGACCUCCAGGAAAAGCUUGGAGAGUGGGACUUCAAGAGCAAGCGCCAACAGGGAGAUUGUUGCCCCGAGGGUCUUUGCAAAGCUCAUAUGUUUGCUUUAGCGGUAAACGAGCAGCUCGAAUCAUGGCCUGAGCAGCACGCCCGCCAGCGACAAUGGUUUUCACUUGCGGAUGCCGUCGGACAAUGCCGGGUGGAGUGGAUGCGAGAUGCCCUCGAAAAGUGCAAGGUUUAUUUAUGCUUGCCAACAGCAAAUGAAGAAAACUCCCCACCGUCCCCUCACUUUGCCAAUCAUCUGCCUAACCAGGGCGAGUCCUUGGCUUGACUACUCCAGUGUAUGUGCCCCAUUUCAGACGGUCACUGAGGGGGCAGUCAUAGAAACAAAGGCAGGCUGUAGACGGAUCAGAGAGGUUAUAGUAGUAAUAGGUGAUAGGUUCAUUUGCACCUCUGCUUGGGCAAUACUUUCAGUGCUCCAGCAAGGGACGAAAGUUUGAGUGCAACUUUUUUGACUUUCAACUCAUGGUUCGCGGGCAUGGUGCAUCUUCAGUGCACAGUUGGAAUAAAUACCAUUGCAACGGAAGGCUGGUGCAUGUUUCCAUGCCAUCGACGGGCCGGUCUCAUGACGUUUUGUAUGUCUGCGGCUGCAUUAGCUGGAGGCUAGCUUCUGGCUACUCCGGAUCUAGGGACGAUGCGAGUGUUGCUACUGCUAUUCGGUUUCUACGCACGAAGUCCCGGAAUCCUGUCUCCAGGUGGAAAGAAUUAGUGUCUCAUUAGUUGGGGCAUGCUUUUGUGCACUCGUUAUCCUUAAAAAAAUUGUGAGUGUGGAUGGAUAAUGGGCUUCUAUCAUCUCGAGGUACAUGAAUCUCAAGCUCUUUGUUGAGUAAUAAAGGUUUGUGUGAUCCAGCUGAAGUUGUCAGCAGGUGUGUGACAUUAAGAAAACCUAUAAUUGAUGUCUCGGAUGUCGUAGCAUCUGGUGAAAAUUACCUUAGCGCGCAUGCAUUGGGGAGAUCUCUAUGCUGGGCUUGUGUAUUUGAGCUUUUAAUAUC